AAAUGACGGCUGUUACUGCAGGCAACGUGAACUUCAGAUGGGACCCCAAAAGCCUGGAGAUCAGAACGCUGGCGGUCGAGAGGCUGCUGGAGCCUCUUGUUACACAGGUUACAACAUUGGUUAACACCAGUAACAAGGGCCCCUCUAAUAAAAAGCGAGGGCGCUCUAAGAAGGCCCAUGUUUUGGCUGCCUCAGUUGAACAAGCAACAGAGAAUUUCUUGGACAAAGGAGACAAAAUUGCGAAAGAGAGCCAGUUCCUCAAGGAGGAGCUGGUGGCAGCUGUGGAAGAUGUUCGCAAACAAGGUGACCUGAUGAAGAGUGCCUCGGGGGAGUUUGCUGAUGACCCCUGCUCCUCGGUGAAGCGCGGCAACAUGGUGCGAGCGGCGCGUGCCCUGCUCUCUGCAGUGACUCGGCUGCUCAUUCUGGCAGACAUGGCAGAUGUCUACAAGCUGUUGGUUCAACUGAAAGUAGUAGAAGAAGGUAUCUUGAAAUUAAGGAAUGCUGGCACCGAGCAGGAUCUGGGUAUCCAAUACAAAGCCCUCAAGCCAGAAGUGGACAAACUUAACAUAAUGGCAGCCAAAAGACAGCAGGAAUUGAAAGAUGUGGGUCACCGUGAUCAGAUGGCGGCAGCCAGAGGAAUCCUGCAGAAGAACGUUCCUAUUCUCUACACUGCAUCUCAGGCCUGCCUGCAGCACCCUGAUGUGGCUGCGUACAAAGCGAACCGGGACUUGAUCUACAAACAACUUCAGCAGGCAGUCACGGGCAUCUCAAACGCAGCUCAAGCAACUGCAUCAGAUGAUGCUGCCCAGCAGCAGGGUGGAGGUGGAGAGCUGGCUUAUGCUCUGAACAAUUUUGAUAAACAAAUUAUUGUGGAUCCAUCGACCUUCAGUGAGGAACGUUUUAGGCCUUCUCUGGAAGAGCGCCUGGAGAGCAUCAUUAGUGGAGCAGCCCUGAUGGCUGAUUCAUCCUGCACACGUGAUGACCGACGGGAACGUAUAGUUGCAGAGUGUAAUGCGGUGCGACAGGCCUUGCAGGAUCUACUUUCAGAAUACAUGGGGAAUGCUGGACGCAAGGAAAGAAGUGAUGCACUGAAUUCUGCCAUUGAUAAAAUGACCAAAAAGACCAGAGACUUGCGCAGACAGCUCCGCAAAGCUGUGAUGGACCAUGUAUCAGACUCUUUUCUGGAAACAAAUGUUCCACUUUUAGUAUUGAUUGAAGCUGCCAAGAAUGGGAACGAGAAAGAAGUUAAGGAAUAUGCCCAGGUUUUCCGUGAGCAUGCCAAUAAAUUGAUUGAGGUUGCCAACUUGGCCUGUUCCAUCUCAAACAACGAGGAAGGUGUGAAAUUGGUUCGCAUGUCAGCCAGCCAGCUUGAAGCCCUUUGUCCCCAGGUCAUCAACGCUGCCCUGGCCCUGGCUGCAAAACCACAAAGCAAGCUGGCCCAGGAGAACAUGGAGCUCUUCAAAGAGCAGUGGGAGAAGCAAGUCCGCGUGCUGACUGAUGCCGUCGAUGACAUCACCUCCAUCGAUGACUUCCUGGCUGUGUCAGAGAACCAUAUUUUAGAAGAUGUAAACAAAUGUGUCAUUGCUCUCCAAGAAAAAGAUGUUGAUGGUUUAGACCGCACAGCUGGUGCAAUUCGAGGACGUGCUGCUCGAGUCAUUCAUGUUGUCACCUCUGAAAUGGAUAACUACGAACCUGGAGUCUACACUGAGAAGGUGCUGGAAGCGACGAAGCUGUUGUCCAACACAGUUAUGCCACGGUUUACUGAGCAAGUAGAAGCUGCCGUGGAAGCACUGAGUUCAGACCCUGCUCAGCCAAUGGAUGAAAAUGAAUUUAUUGAUGCUUCGCGACUGGUGUACGAUGGAAUCCGAGAUAUCCGGAAAGCUGUACUGAUGAUCAGAACCCCCGAGGAGUUGGAUGAUUCCGACUUCGAGACGGAGGAUUUCGAUGUCCGAAGCAGAACAAGCAUUCAGACAGAAGAUGACCAACUCAUUGCUGGACAAAGUGCCAGGGCCAUCAUGGCACAGCUCCCUCAAGAGCAAAAGGCCAAGAUUGCUGAGCAGGUAGCGAGCUUCCAGGAAGAAAAGAGCAAAUUGGAUGCUGAAGUAUCAAAAUGGGAUGACAGCGGUAAUGAUAUAAUUGUUCUGGCAAAACAAAUGUGUAUGAUUAUGAUGGAAAUGACAGACUUCACCAGAGGUAAAGGUCCACUGAAAAAUACAUCAGAUGUGAUUAGUGCGGCCAAGAAGAUUGCAGAGGCUGGCUCAAGGAUGGACAAGCUGGGACGCACUAUUGCUGACCACUGCCCAGACUCGGCUUGCAAGCAGGACCUGCUGGCCUACCUGCAGCGCAUCGCUCUGUACUGCCACCAGCUCAACAUCUGCAGCAAAGUGAAGGCCGAAGUGCAGAACCUCGGAGGGGAACUCGUCGUGUCUGGGGUACGUAGGGGUGUGGCUCUGCAUGGUUCUUUCCCCAGGGGUAGCAACUGCUCAUUAAUGUUUGAAAGGAGAAAGAUUAUAGAAGGAGAGAGGAAUGCUUCUCUUUUCCACACUCAGCAGUGUUUGAGGACAGGUUCGCGUUACCUCCAUGCAAUCUGCCAUUGUUCCAGAUGGUAUUUCACUAUCAGGAAGGUUAAAUCACUUCAGUCAGCACAGCUGAACCCACCCGUGUAUCUGCAGAGUCCUGGAGCACGUGGAGCCUGUAAUGCCCCCAGAGCUGCUAACAUUUCUGAGCAGCCGUGCCCUGAGCAGUGCAGGGAUCUCAUGAGCUCUGAACUCUGUCCUGGGCUGCCCUGCUGCCCUGCAGCCAUUGCGUAGCGUGCAGUUGUUUCA